AUGGAUUUGGCUACGAUUUCAAUUUUGCUUUUCGAAUAAAUUUAAGAGGAGAUAGAUUAGUUAUUAAUGAUUUCAUUGAUAAUUGGAUUUGGGUUUUUUGUUAUUUUACAACAACUGCUUGUAUAUACUGAGUGGAAUUUAGAUAUUAAAUACAGAUUGAAUUUAGUUUCAUUUUUAGGAAAGAUCUUGAUUGUAUGGUUGGGAAAUGCAAAUUUAAGCACAAAUCAGAACUUAUUAAUACUGUAUUAAAUAUUCAUGACAUCAGAAUGUUACAAAAGAAAUUCACUAUAAUACUCAUUCAUUUUCAUGGUGAUUCUAAAUUUAUUCAAAUUCAAAUAGUUUAUAAAUUUUGGAUACGAUUAACUCAUAAACUUAAUGUAAAUUAUAAUAUUGAUUGUUUCUAAUAUUUAUUAAGUAAAAAAUUCAGAAGAGAAAUUUCAAUAAUCAUAGAACUAAAUGACAACAGGAGGAUAGUUUCAAUAAACAUUUGCUAUAAUCUAAGAAUCAAGAAGAAGUAUGCCAAUUAUUAAUUCAUUAAAAUUGAUAGAAGAUGAACCUUGGCUUGAUCAGUAUAAUUAUAUUUUUUUAUAUUAGUAAAUGGUUAUAAUAUGAGAAAUAUUUAGUAUUAGGAAGAGAUUUAAAGUUGAAAUUCUACAGUUUUGAUUUAAAUAUAUUAGGGAAAUCACAAGAAUUAUUUGAAGAUCAAAAUGAGAUAGUUUAAUAAUUAUUAGAUUUGGGAGUAAAGUUUAUAUCAAGAUUAGAUAAUAGUCAGUAAUCUCUGAUGUGUUAAAAAGUAGUAAUAACUUUGAGGUAAGUAUUAGAGAAUUAGAUUUAAUAAUAGAGUAAUUUUGAAUAUUACUAUUAAACAUUUUAGAUGCAAAGUUAAACUUUAGAUAUUCAAAAGUAUUUACUAAAUGUAUUUGGUUUGAUUGGUAGAUAAUAAAUAUAUUAUAUUUUGCAUUUCUAAUUAGUUCCAAAAUUAGCAAUAGAAAUUAAUAGGAAUAUAUUUGAUAUGUGUAAAUCUCUAUCUCACGAACUUGGAACUAAUCUCAAUUGUAUUUAAAGUUUAUCUGAAAUUGCCUUAUAAAAGUCUUCAAUUACUCAAGAUAUCAAAGAACACUUUAUUCAACCCAUUCUUACAAGUAGCCAAUAAUUGAACCUUAUAAUUUCUAACAUCAGAGAUUAUAGUUCAAUUGAAACUGAUCAAUUUUAAUUGAGUUUAUCAACUUUCAAUAUUCUGGAAGAAAUAAAUAUGAUAGUUGAUUUCUUUUAAAUUACUUGCCAAUAAAAAGGAAUCGAUUUUAUCUUACCAACAGAAUCUUGUAUCUAUUAUUCAUAAUUAGUUCCCAUAUUCAAUGAUCGAGAUAGAUUUCGUUAAGUUAUCUUUCAAUUAGUUUCCAAUGCAGUUCGUUUCACUAUCACAGGCACUAUCUAAGUUAUCAUCAAACAAUAAGAUUAUACAUAUGAAAUUCUUGUUAUAGAUACUGGAAUAGGAAUGGUUAGCAAUUCAACAUUUACAUUAGGCUAGUUAAGAGGAGAAUAAUCUGAGGAAGAUCUUAGAAUAAAAGGUAAUGUUGAGAGUAUCAGAAAAUAGUAUAGGUUCUAGUUUAGGGCUAUUUAUAAGUAAUUUACUAGUUAAAAAAAUGAAUGCUGAUGAAGAUUCCAAAAUUCAAUUCACUUCAAAUAAAUAAGGAACUACUUUUAUAUUUUUAAUAAAAAAUCUAUCUGAAUUUAAAGAUAGUAUUGAGAAAUUACCAUCAAUAAGAUUACAUAGAACUAUUGUUAAAUUCUAAACAAUUAAUUCCUAUUAUGAGAAUAUCAAUGAUGUUCAAACAAAGUUUGGUAUAUCCACAAUCAAAUCAAUUAUAAGAGGAUAUUCAAUUCAAGAUGAUGCUAAUUAAACUAUUUAUUCUAAAGAAUUUGAUGAAAAUAAAUCAAUUCUUAAACCUCUUUAAACUAUUAUACCAUAACUAUAAGAUACAAUCUAAGGUUAUUCUCUUAAAAGUAAUUGCUGUGCAAGAGUUUUAAUUGUAGAUGAUGAAUACUUUAAUAUUAUGACUUUAUAAAUGUUAAUGUAAUAAUACUUUGCCAUUUGUGAUAAAGCCUAUAAUGGAAUGGAAGCUAUUGAAUUAAUAAAUAAGAAAUUAACCAAACCUUGUCCAAAAUGUAACAAUUGUUGGUAUUAACUCAUUUUUCUUGAUAUAAACAUGCCCAUUAUGGGUGGAAUUGAAACAGUCAAAAUAAUCAAAAGAAUGAUGAAUAAUCGUAUUAUUAAAAAAGUUUACGUUAUUGCCAAUACUGGUUUUAGUGAUUUAGAAACUAAAGAAAAAGCUUAUGAUGCUGGAAUUGACUACUUUAUGACGAAACCUUUGAAUAUUAUGGCUUUCAAAAGUAUUGCUUCUAAAAUAUUCCCAAGAGGAUGA